CUCACCCCUUUCCAACUCACUCCAAACAUCCAUCACAGAUUCUCUCUCUCUCUCUCUCUCUCUCUCUCUGUCUCAAUGGACGCCAUCCUAUUUGGAGGGGCUUCAUCUGCGCUUACGACAAUCAACAAUACCUGCAAAUCUCUCUCUUCCUUCACCCUUCCUCUCUCUAGAAACCAAUUCACAUUCAACAAGUACUACUAUAUUCGGAAUUCUCCUCACAAGGUGGAGAGCAGCAGAGGAAAAGGCAGACACGACGUCGCUUUCGGCGGCGAGGCGGCCUACGAGGCCGAGCGGCUAGGACUCGACGCCGAGGCGCGGAAAUCGAUGGCCGAGGCGUCGGAGAGAGAGGCCGCCGACGGGACCAACCCGAGUGCUUGGAAAUGGGCGAUACGAAAGCGGGUUUGGGACACGAUGGAGGCCAACAACGUGGCCCGCUUCCCUCGGCCCGUUCACCACCGUAUCCCAAACUUCGUUGGCGCUUCAGCCGCUGCUAAUAAGUUAAGUGAAUUGGAUGUGUUCCGAGCGUCCAAGUGUGUAAAGGUGAAUCCAGAUUCGCCGCAAAAGCAAGUCAGACUCCUUACACUUGAGGGUGGAAAGACGUUAUUAACUCCUCAACCACGUCUAAGGACAGGCUUUUUCUCAAUCGUUGAAUCGCAUAUGCUAACUCCUAGUACCCUCAAUGAGGCAUGCACUUCUGUUGGCGUUGCCAAGUAUGGAAGGCCGAUUGGAUUAGAUGAAAAGAUAAAGGUGGAUCUGAUUGUUAUUGGUUCAGUGGCUGUUGACCCAAACACGGGUGCUCGACUUGGCAAGGGUGAGGGAUUUGCUGAACUAGAGUAUGGGAUGCUAAGGUACAUGGGUGCAAUUGAUGAUUCAACACCAGUUGUCACAUCUGGCACUACGAAACGCAGUUUGAUUCCCUCAGGUGCUGUUACGUGUUUCUCCAUAUUUGAGCAACUAGAAAUGCAUGACCAACAAUUGGUAGAUGAUAUUCCAGUUGAGAAGCUAUUAAUCCAUGAUGUACCGGUUGACAUCAUAUGCACUCCAACGCAAGUUAUUUUUACCAGAACACAAAUCCCAAAGCCUCAAGGGAUUUAUUGGGACAAAUUAUCUCCUGAGAAACUGGGUCAAAUUCGGGUACUUCGGGAGCUAAAGAGAAAAAUUGAAGAGGAAACUGGACAGAAGCUUCCUAGUGGUUCAUCAGAGAAACUCCCACCUACAGCUCAACGCCGGCGCUAAUUUCUGUCAAAAGAUGAUUGCAACCUUUUAAGUUUUGACGUUGAUGAUUCUUGAAAUUUUAUGCAUUUUGAGUAAGAAAAUAGAGUUGACGAUAGUGUAAAUAUAGUUGCAUUGGUGUGUACAUUCUCUGUGUAUAAUUUGAAUGGAUAUUCUAUUUCAUUUCUGAUUGCUAAUGGGACCUGAAUUAGCGUCAGUUCUAAGCAAGCAAUUAUUUUUU